UUCGUCACCCCUAAUUCUUGGGGGAGGUGCUCUGGCGGGGCCACGUGACCAGCAUGCGCAUGCCCGGUGCGUCCUGUAACAUGAACUAGUUGGAAAUAUCAGAGGGGAAGAGAUAGAUUACCGUAAUAAAGAACUAAGACUGAACUUGUGGAUUCGGGAUAAAGCUCGCGCUCUGGCUAGCGGCUCUAAGUUAGCUCCUUCGAUAAAGCCCGAAAUAACUCGCGCAAGUCCCGUGCCAGAGAAAUGAAAGAGCAUCGCGAGCUGUGCGCGCGACCCUUGAUCAGAAUUUUUGUUUAAACUUGCUUUUGUUUAAUUAUUUCAAACUUGAAAGUUCUCUAUGUAUAUAUAAUCAGCAUAUGUGUAUUUAGAAAAAUAUAUUUUUUUCAUCUAGUAAUACGCUGGGAGUAUAUAACUUUAUGUACUGUAAAGGGAAAUAUUGGAAGUUCUUUAAAGUUGUUUUGAGAAGAAAGUAAACCUGUAACCCGCUCGAUGCCAUCUCAAGGUGAGGUGGUUAAUGAAGAGGUAGUGUCACUAACCAGCUAACAUUGCAUCUACUGCGUGUUUGAGACUAAAGACGUCAACAGCAAACACAUGUUGACGUAUGUUCCCCCGUCAAUAUUUAUCAAGUCAUUUUAGUUGUCGUCUUACAAUGUGGUCCAUGUUUGAUUGACAAUCAUGGGAGGAUGCGUGGGGAGAGAACAAGCGGAGUCACGCGGAAACGGCGCGAGGGCGCACAGGAAACGUGGAGGUCGUAAUGAACCCCUGAAAAAAGACAAGCCAAAGUGGAAGAGCGACUAUCCCAUGACAGAGGGGCAACUCCGCAGUAAGAGAGAUGAAUUCUGGGACACGGCCCCAGCGUUUGAUGGACGGAAGGAAAUCUGGGAUGCCCUGAAAGCUGCAGCUGUGGCUUUAGAGUGUAAUGAUCAGGAGCUGGCUCAGGCUAUAGUGGAUGGAGCCAACAUCACAUUACCACAUGGAUCCCUAACAGAGUGUUACGAUGAACUCGGCAACCGGUACCAGCUCCCAGUAUACUGCCUGGCACCGCCUGUCAAUCUGAUCACGGAGAGAAGUGAGGAAGACCCUUCGGACAAUCCUGAGCCCCAGACAGCACAGAAGAAAGAGUUUCAGCUAAAGGUUCGCCUCUCCACCGGCAAAGACUUACGGUUGAACGCCAGCAUGGCCGACACCAUUGGCCUUCUCAAAAAGCAACUGCACGCUCAGGAGGAUAUUGAUGUCGCCCACCAGCGCUGGUUCUUCUCCGGGAAGCUCCUCACAGACAAGACACGCCUGCAGGACACCAAAAUCCAGAAGGACUUUGUUAUCCAGGUCAUUGUGAACCAGCCAUUAACACCAAACCAAUAAGACGCAGCUGAGGAAUUUACAAAGACAUAAAGGACCAAUACGAAAAACACAAAGUUUUGCACAAAAACGGACAUCGACUUUAAGAAGAAAUGGAGAGUCUUUGUCUACCAUUAAAGAGUGAAAUAACGAAUAUUAGACUUGUUGCUCGAGUCAAUCGUGCUGUUAAAAAUGGGUUUCUGGAGUGAACUUUUGUAAGGAUAACUCCACGAUUCACAGCUAGACACUCAAGUCCUUCUCAAAUCCGACAUCUGGGAAAACAAAUAAACAAACCUAACGGGUUGCAUCUGUUGAGCAAAAGUGCCAAGGCGAAUAGCUGCAGUGUCGGUUUUAGUUAAAAAGCACAGUGCUUUCAAUCCCUUGACUAUGCAUAUCCUGCAAGCUUUAGGUUUACUGUAUCUACGUGGUCCUCUUAAAGUGAUUUCACCUUGUAAGAUUCAUGUAAGUUGAGCUUCAUUUUGCACACUUUAAAAAAGUAUCGUAGUCGUGCCUUGAAAGGAGAGUAGGUUUUUAAAUGCUGUUUUUAUUUUGCUUAUCAAGGCUUUUUUUAGCCUGGAGGUGGCUAAACGGGCUCACAGACACAUGCUUUGUGUUUUGUAGCCGAUGUCUUUGAACACAAUCCAAUACUUGCUAUGCAAUCUUUAAACAAAUGGGGGAAAGAUGCUGAUAUCGUUCACUUAUCAACCCGUUUAUCUGAUGUAGCUAAUCUAAAACUUCAAUGUUUUUAUAAAGCAUGCUAUCGCAAGGUCAUGAUGACUUUUACACUUACAGCGAUGCUGGAUAUCUUGGAGUAACAGCAUCUUUAUCUCCUGAGACUAUCAAACUAAAGUGUCCUACUUUUUGGUGAACCAUCUGAUUUCCAAUCAUAGAUUGCUACGUUUUAAGGGAUAGCUCACCCAAAAAUUUGACUCACCCUCAUGUUGUUCUGAACCUGUAUGAGUUUCUUUCCUCUGUUCAUCACAAAAGAUGAUAUGAAAGUCAAUGGUUACCAAACUUGCUAUAAUUUAUGCAAAUAUCUUCUUUUGUGUUCAACAGAAGAAAUAAACUCAUACAGGUUCAGAACAACAUGAGAGUGAGGAAAUGAUGACCACAUUAAAAAUUUUUUACUUUGUUUUGUCUGUUCCUCUUUUGGAGGAACUGUGGGAGGAGCUAUAAGUGCUGCAUAAGACUGCAGUCAAAUGACUAUAGAUCCUAUUCUAUAUUUUAUAUUCUGUACUAUUCCAAUCUUUACCCUGCUUGUUUGACCAAGUUUCACAGACAAGGUUUAGAUUAAGCCAGGAUUAGGCCUUUUAUAAAAGUGAUUGAAAUAAACGUCACUGAUGUGCAUCUUGAGACAAAGCAAUGGGACGUAUACAUUUUAAGAUAUGUUGGCUAGUUGUUUUCGGUUAAGAUGGCUCAAACAUCCAUUUAGUCUGGGACUAGGCUUAGGCCUUGCCUGCGAAACCAGGCCCUAGUAAGAUGUUUUUACUAGUUUCUUAAAAGUGGCUGUAUAAUUUGCUAAAAAGCUAAUAAUACAUUGUUUAGCAUAUUUUCUAGCUAAAUAAACUACUAUACAUGGUAUAGUUUACCCUAAGCAUCAGUUUUAAAAUCCGUCCCAACAUUUCUGUAGCGUUUAUUAUGUUUUGCAAACCUCAAAACAAUUGUUUCCAACAAUCAUAUUGUGAGUUGGUCUCUUAUAUGCAGUCGAUUAACACAGAAAAAAAGUUUGACAAUUCAAUUUUUGAUAGGUAAGGUUACUGUGAUCUGUUGUGUUUCAAAGGUGCAUUAAAGGUGCAGUGUGUACAUUUUUGUGGAAUCUAGUGGUGAGUUUGUGAAUUGCAACCAAUGGCUUAGUCCACUGCUCACUUUUGAAACGCAUAGAGAAGCUACGUUAGCCGCCAGCGGACAAACAUGUCAUCGUCGGAGACAACUAAGUAAAAAAAGUUUGUCAGUUAAGGGCUUCUGUAGAAACAUGGCGGCACAAAAUGGUGACUUCCAUGUAGGGGACCCUCGCUGUGUGUAGAUAAAAACGUCUCAUUCUAAGGUAAUAAAAACAUAAUGGUUCAUUAUAAAAGGUCUUUGUACACCCUUGAUCAUGUGGUUUUGUAUAUUAUUUUGCAUUUCUGUCAAGAGAUCCUUUUAAAAAUUACACACUGCACCUUUAAGGGGAAAGUUCACCCAAAAAUUCAAAUUCUGUAAUUAUUUCUUGACCUUCAGGUUGUUUCAAACCUGAAUAAAUAUUUUUGUUCUGCCAAACACAAAGGAAGAUAUUUUGAGCAAUUUUGGGGCACCAUUGACUUUCAUAGGUUUUUACCUAAUACGAUAGUCAAGCGUGCUCCUGCUUGAUUGCAGAUGUUGUCUUUAGUGUUCAUCAGAACAAAGAAAUGUAUACAGGUUUGAAACAACUUCAGGGUGAUUAAAUGAUGACAGAAUUGUCCAUUGUCGGAUAUGCUACUCCUUUAAGCUCAACUUUUUGUGUAUGUGCAGUUUUUAAACAAACACAGCAUAUUUUUUGUGGUUAUCAAAGGUAACUGUUUAUAUAGCAUAAUUUGUAUGUAACCCAGCAUAAGUCCCUUGUAUUGUAAAGCACAAGAUCUGUGAAAAACAAACAUGAGCUUUGUGUGUGUGUACAAGACCCACCAAUCCCCCAUCACGACAAAGACACUAAUAGAAGCUCAUUGUUGGUAUGGAAGUGUGUUAGGGCUUAAGAGGUCUGUUAAGAUUUGAUGUAUUUAUGUAUCUUAAUACACAUACACACUGGCUGUCUUGAUGAACACCUCCAAAAGAGAGCGUAUUUCUUCCCUUCUUACUCGGCAGAAUCUGAAACUCUCAUACUGUGACUAAAGAGUUAAAUAAAUAUGCUGUAGUUGCUGUUGGACCUCACCGGGCUUAUUUUACAGUCACGUACUGGCAGCACUUUUGCCAUUUACUGUAAAAACCUGUCCAUGAUGACUGUUUGUGGUUAUAAACUUCUUGAACUACAAGAGUGUGCUCUAAAGAGCAGUUUUAAAUAUAAUCAAACUAUUUCUAAAUGUUUUUCAAUGGUUUGUUGUUUAAAGGUGGUGCGUGUAAAUUUUGGCGCCAGUUAGUGAUGAGAUUGCGGAUUGCAACCAACAGCUCACCCCUCUAUUUCUAAACGCAUAUGGUUCUUGCUGUUUUAGUUUUGGUUAUAUGUUGUUUUACUGGAAAGCACUGUGGUCGACAUGUGUGCUAUUCAAAUAAUACAUUAAAUAGUGUAGGGACAAAACGCACUCUGUAAAACAAUUGGUUCAUUUAAGGCUACUAUAGAAACAUGACGGCGACUUCCAUGUAUAAGGAAACCCGUGAUGUAUGUAGAAUAAAAUGGCUCAUUGUAAGUUAAUAAAAACUAUACAGUUCAUUAUGUAAGGUCUUUAUACACCACUGAUAAUAUAGUAUGUAUAUUAUAUUGCAUUUCUGUAAAGAGAUUCUUUUAAAAGUUACACAAUGCACCUUUAACAUAAACGUGAAUCCCUUUAUUUGAUGAUAUUUUAAUUUUUGUAUUGGAAUGUCAAUAGACUCGAGUCUAAAAGUAAUAGAAAUGGUUACAGUGAUGCACACAGUGAAAUGCUGGUAUUUAUGCAGUUUAAGUUUUUCCAGGAUGUAGAUUAUUCAAGAUCAGGUUUCAUUCUAGAUUCAAGUCUUCAGUGUUUAAAUAGUAAUUGAUUUUUGUUUCUAUGUAUUUGUUUAAAUGUUUGUCAUGUAUGACUGAUGCCGUAUGGUUUAGGGUCUUUUUUAGGUUAUUUGCUUUUUUUGGAAUCUUGGUGUGUCUCGUGAAAUGACGUUUACAUGAGGGAUGUGUAAACUGAAAGACUGUGGAAGCUGCUAGAAAGCCAUAGCUGUCAAUCUUUCUCAGCCCACAAUAGUGGGACAAUAUCAGGAGACUCUACUUUGGACAUUUCAAAUCUUAAGACUGUAAGAAGCCAUUUAACUUUACUCAAGCCUGCUGCGUAUGUGUUUCAUGAAAGGCAAAAAUAUAAAUGAACUUUUAUGUUCCUUUAAAAGGAAUUCAUGUGAAUUUCUUCUUUUAAUAUCUGUAUAUUUAGAGAUUUUAAAGAAAAGCGCGUUCUCACACGUGCUUACAGCAUGAUUUCCGAAAGUUAUGUAAGUUUACAUGGUCAUUUGUUUUUCAGAUGUUUUAAUUGUCAAAUAAAAGUAACAACUGCUCAAGCAAACAUA